CAUUUACAGGCUCUGAACACAACAAACAAUUUCAUUCUGUGCCACAAAGUCUUCUCCUUUUUUCUUUUUUUUAUUCCCACUUAUCAAUAGUGGUUGUCCCUUCCACUGUUUCUAUUUCCUUUCUCACCAAAGUCCAAAAUCAAUCCAUAUACUUUUCUUCAUACUAGGUACCCGUCUUCAAUCUCACCAUUAUUCAUUCCAUUCUUGCACUUCUCAAAAGUAAAAACCCAAAAAAAAAAGAAAAAAGAAUCUGAAUUGUUGGUUCACAGAAUGGGAACAAAUCUCAGCACUCCCAAAACUGGAAAGUUUUCUGAAGAUGCUGAAAAUGACCAUCUUAGAUAUGGCUUAUCAUCUAUGCAAGGUUGGCGUUUGACAAUGGAAGAUGCACAUGCUGCACAUCUUGAUCUGGAUGCAUCAACUUCCUUUUUUGGUGUUUAUGAUGGUCAUGGAGGUAAGGUGGUUGCAAAGUUUUGUGCCAAGUAUCUUCACCAGCAGGUGCUCAAGAGUGAAGCAUAUGUAGCUGGAGAUGUAGGAACCUCUCUUCAGCAAGCAUUUUUCAGAAUGGAUGACAUGAUGCGUGGUCAAAGGGGAUGGAGGGAAUUAGCAGUUUUGGGUGAUAAGGUAAAAAAGUUUAAUGGGAUAGUAGAAGGGUUGAUUUGGUCUCCACGAAGCAGUGAUGGUAAGGACCAAGGUGAUGGUUGGCCCUUUGAGGAGGGUCCUCAUUCUAAUUUUGCUGGACCAACUUCAGGAAGCACUGCCUGUGUUGCAAUUAUUAGAAACAAUCAACUUUUUGUUGCAAAUGCUGGUGACUCCCGCUGUGUAAUAUCUAGGAAGGGUCAGGCAUAUGAUUUGUCUAGAGACCAUAAACCUGAUCUUGAAAUUGAGAAGGAAAGAAUCGUAAAAGCUGGUGGUUUUAUUCAUGCAGGACGAGUUAAUGGGAGUUUAAACCUUGCAAGAGCUAUAGGUGACAUGGAAUUUAAGCAGAAUAAAUUUCUUUCCGCUGAGAAACAAAUUGUGACAGCCAAUCCAGACAUAAACAUCGUUGACCUUUGUGAUGAAGAUGAAUUUAUAGUGCUAGCUUGUGAUGGCAUAUGGGAUUGCCUGUCAAGCCAACAAUUGGUAGAUUUUGUGCGUCAACAACUACUCUUGGAAACGAAACUUUCUGCAGUUUGUGAAAGAGUACUUGAUCGAUGUUUGGCACCAACAAUUGCUGUUGGUGAUGGAUGUGAUAACAUGACCAUGAUCUUGGUGCAGUUCAAAAAACUGAUCCAAUCCAGUGCACCUUCACAAGAGCAUUCCUCUUCAAAUGAACAAGCUGCAUCUGAACAAAGACUAGAGAGAAGUGAAAGUUAGUAGGUUUUGGGCAGCAACAGUACACCCUUUUUGUAUAGUGUGAUCAAUGGUUAUGAUGCAU